GUGCUGUAUCCCAGCCAGUGAUCUCUAUUGUUGGAACUAAAGGCUGGGGGGUGGUCCUGAAGUGUGAGUCUGGAGGCUGGUUUCCUGAACCUCAGAUGGAGUGGCUGGACAGUUCUGGAACCUUCCUCCCUGCUGAUGGACCUCCAGAGAGACACAGAGACUCAGAGGACCUCUACGCUGUGAGACAACAUGUCACUGUGAACAAGACUGACACCAACAGGUUCACCUGUAGAGUUAACCAGACGGAGAUCAACCACCUGAAGGAGACUGAGAUUCAUGUCCCAGAUGAGGUGUUUCCUAAAUCACAAGUAGGGUUGAUUGUUGGUCUACUAAUAGCAGCAGCAGUUGUAGUUCUUGCAGCUUCAGUUGGUGUCUACAUGUGGAGAAAACAUACAGAGAAGAAGCGUAGAGAACUACUGGAAGAACGAGUUAAGAAGCUUAGAGAAGAUUUUGAGGAACAAGUGAAGAAGCUUGGAAAAGAUUCGGAUGAAACAGUGGAGCUUAGACAAGAAUUGGAACAACAAGUGAAGAAGCUGAGAGAAGAUUUUGAAGAACAAGUGAAGAAGCUGAGAGAAGAUUUUGAAGAACAAGUGGAGCUUAGACAAGAAUUGGAACAACAAGUGAAGAAGCUGAGAGAAGAUUUUGAAGAACAAGUGAAGAAGCUGAGAGAAGAUUUUGAAGAACAAG